AUGUCUACGAACUCAUCUCGCCGUGCUCUACGCAACGGUACAUCCGAAAUUCCCAAAUUCCUUCCGGGCAAGAAAAUGACUAAAAUACCCCUAUCCCACGGGUUUCAUAGUGAUGGAGGACUUGAAGAACCUUACACAACAAGGUUUGAAGGUACUGAACCUAGUGAUUGUGUGCCAACACAAGAAAUCACACAAUUCUUUGCCAAGUUGAAAUGGAUAGAACUCUACGCAAUUAGGGACGGAGAUGGAAAUGAAGAUGAUGUUGUGCAAGGAGAUGAUGAUGUGCAAGUAGAUGAUGAAAAUAAUGCUAUCAUGUGUUUUUCCAAUUAUCGACGAAGAUGGAAUUGUGGACAUGAAAAUGAAAUGGAAGAAAAUGAGAGUGAAGUGGAAGAAAAUGAGGGUUCAUUAGAAGAAAUUGAGGGUGAUGAUGACUUGGAAGAAAUUGCAAAUGGUGCAGUAGGUGAAAACAAAAAUGAAGAAGUGGAAGAGAAGGCAGUUGAUGAAAUUAUCUAG